AUGGCUCCUCUCGCGGAUCUCCUGCUCUCCACCCUCCCGCUCAAGUCGCUCGGUGUCCCCCACCGGUUGACCCAUUACGUGAACGGGAAGACGCCGCUGUCGACCCCGCAGGAGGUGUUCCCGACGCUCGCCGCCUACCUCGUCACCAUCUUCGGUAUCCAGAAAUGGAUGAAGAACAGGCCACCGUUCAAGCUCCAGUUCCUGUUCCGUCUCCACAACGCCUUUCUCACCGCCGGCAGUCUUCUCCUCGUUCUCCUCAUAAUGGAGGAGGUUGUUCCCCAGAUUCACAAACAUGGUGUCUUCUGGGGCCUCUGUGAUGUGAAGAUGUGGUCGGAACGGCUCGAAUUCUACUACAUGAUCAACUAUUACUUCAAGUACAUCGAACUCAUCGACACGGUCUUCCUCGCUCUCAAGAAGAAGCCCCUUGCAUUCCUGCAUGUUUUCCACCACUCCGCAACUGCUUUGCUAUGCUAUACUCAGCUUAACGGCAGAACUAGUGUUCAAUGGGUGCCUAUUGCCAUCAACCUGACCGUCCAUGUGAUCAUGUAUUACUACUACUAUGCUACUGCUGGUGGUGCCAAGAUUUGGUGGAAGAAAUACCUCACGACCUUCCAGAUUGCGCAAUUCGUCAUCGACCUCUUUGUCGUAUACUUCGCCACAUACAACUAUUACGCAGCAACGUACUUCCCAAAUCUCCCGUCAUACGGCUCAUGCGCUGGCACCGAGACCGCGGCGUUGUUUGGAUGCGGCCUGCUUUCGAGUUACUUGGUCCUGUUCAUCCAGUUCUACAUCCAGACGUACAAGAAGCCCGCCGGCAAGAAGCCCAUUGUCAAUGGCAAGGCAAAUGGUGUUGCGAAUGGGUGA